AUGUAUCCAUUAUGCAUAUUUUUAUAUAUUUUAUCAUAUCUAUGUUUUAUCAGAUGUAUAAAAAAAAAAAAAAAUGUGUCGCAGAGAUGUCAAUUUUUCAUUCCACAUAUAAGUAAGGAAGGAAUCUAUAAUAGUAAGGAUAAUAAAAUUAUAAGGAUGACUAGAAAAAAAUCGUUGGAUAGAAAUGUUGUGUGUAGUAAUGGUUUAUCAGAAUUUAUAGAAAAGGAUAUUAAUAUAAAUAAUAAGAUGAAGAAUAUAAGAGAAUUAAACAAAAAAUAUAUUGAUAAUAAUGUUUUGAUAAAAGCAGAUAUAUUUAGUAAUAUAAUGGAGAAAAAAAAUAAUACUAAUUUAUUUUUAAAAAAGUUUUGUUCUUAUAUAAAUAUGGAAUAUGAUGAAACAACAAGAGAUUUUGAAGAAUUAAAAAUAAAUAAACAUUUGGAUUAUAAUAAUAUUAAUAUGUAUGAUAAUAAAAGUAACAACAUAUAUAAUAAUAAUAAUAAUAGUUAUAGUCAUAGUCAUAGUCAUAGUCAUAAUAAUUGUAAUAGUAAUUGUAAUGGUUUGAUUAAAUGUAUUGAAAAGAAUCAAGAUAUUUUACAACUUGUUGAAGGGUACUUAUUAUUAACAUUAAAAAAUAAACAUAUAUUUUCUUUUUUAAAAAAUAAGAAAAGAAUAAUUUUUAGUGUAAGCUCAGGAGUAGAUUCUUUAUGUCUUUUUUAUUCAUUCAUAUUUGUAAUUUAUAAAAUAUUAAUAAGUAUUAUAUAUAAAAAUGAAAAUUAUUUUGAUUUUAUGAAUAAAAUAAAUAGUGUAUAUUUAUAUACACAUCAAGAUAUUCUAGAUAUCAUUGAAGAACAUAGAUAUAAAAAUAAUGUUUCUUUUUUUCUAUCUAUUUUAAACAAAAUGAUUGUUAUAUAUUGUCAUCAUAACACAAGAAAAGAAUGUACUAGCGAAAUGUAUUUUCUUAAAAGUGUUUGUAAAAAAUUUGGAAUUAAUUUUAAAUCCAAAAAAUUAACAGAAAAAAGUUUAGAACAAUUAAACGUCAUCAAUUUAAAAAAAAAUGACACAAAGGUAAAGAAUAAAAUAAAUAUAAAUAUGAUGAAAAAUAAUAAAAAGAACUUUUUAUUAUUAGCUCGUACAUGGAGAAGAAAUAUUUAUGUUCAUUUAUCUGAUGAUAUAUUAAAAAGGGACACAAAAAAUAUGGAAAAUAUGGAAAAUGUGUAUAAUAUGAAAAAUAUGAAAAAUAUGAAAAAUAUGUAUAAUAUAUAUAAUAUUAAUAUGAAGGACCCCUUCAACAUGUUAGAUCCUUAUACCUAUGAGAAAUAUAUAUUCGAUAUAAAUAAUUAUAUUAAGAUAACAAAUAAGAAAUAUAUUACAAAUAUAUUAAUAAAGAAAGAAAAAUUUCUAAAGGAAUACAACAAGAAUGAUUAUAUUAUGAGAAAGAAAAAAAAUGAAAACUUAUUAUUUAAGAAUCUAAUGAAUUUACCAAAUAAUAAUAAAAAUCAUAGUAAUAAUAUAAAAUAUAAGAAUAUAUUUUUAAAUAAAUAUUAUAUUUUAAAAAAAAAAAUAAAAUCGAUUGUAUUUUUAGGACACCAUAAAAAUGAUAAUAAUGAAACAGUUCUGUUACAAUUUUUUAGAGGUGUUUUUCUUAAAAAUUUAAGAGGAAUAAAAUUUUUGACUUAUUAUAAAAAUUGUUUAUUAUAUAGACCUUUUAUUAAAUUAAAUAAAUGCCAUUUGUAUAAAUACAUGCAAGUAAUAAAUAAAACCUGGAAUUUUGAUUCAUCUAAUAAUAAUUUGUCUAGAUCUAGAAAUUUUAUUAGGAAGGUUCUUAUACCUAAUAUCACACACAUAUUAAAAGAUAAAAGUCAUAAAAAUAGAGAAGAUUAUAAUGUAGAUAAACAAAUAAACAACAAAAAUGAUAAGGAUAUCAUAGAUGAUAAUAUUAUUGUUGAUAAUUAUAAUGAAAAACAUAUUUUUAACAAGAAAGACAUGAACAAAUAUGAUAAUAUAGAAAUAUCCAAAAAUAAUAUUGUAGAUAAAACUAACGAAUUAAAGAAUCAACAUGUUUAUAUAAACCCAAGUUUAGACAAACGAUUAAAGAAUGUAUUAAGUCAAACAACUAAUUUAGAAAAUUAUUUAAAUUAUUAUGACAAUAUGUUCUUUACAUAUUUAAAAAAGAAAUAUUACAAAAAAGGUUUGAACGCAGGAAAAAGGAUAACACAUGAAGAAGAUAAAUAUAUAAAUAUGCAGCAUAAAAAUAAUAGAAAUAAUAGAAAUAAUGAAAAUAUUAUAAAUAUGAAUAAAUCUUAUAAUACUUAUAAAAAUGUAGAUAAUGAUUUAGUUCAUGUGAAUGUUCAUUUGAAAAAAAAAAAGAAAGAUAACACUUAUCAAGAUGCUCAUAAUAUUUUUAUGAAUGAAUAUUUUAAAAUGCAAAAUAAUUUAUAUAAUAUUUUUUUCCCUACACAUAAAAUGGAAACCUUAAUAAAAAUAAAUAAAAUAUUAUAUGAGAAAAAUAUUUAUUUAAAAAUUUUUAAUUUUUUUGAGCUUUUAUUAAUACCCUCUAAACUAAUUAGACUAGAAAUAUUAUAUAAUAUUAUAAAAAAAUAUGCAAAGGUAAAUAUUAAAUAUGUAAACAUAGAAAGGUUAUAUGAACAGAUGAUAGCAUAUAUAAAUCAAUAUAUAAAAAUGGAAAAAAAGAAAUAUUAUACAAAUCAAUAUUUUUAUAAAUCCCAUAUUUCUAAUGAUGAUGAUAAUAUGUUAGAUAAUAAAAUGAAUGUUCAAAAUAAAAAAAUAAAUGCAAAAAUAAAGGAUUUAUUUGGAGAUGAAAGAAUAGAGGGAGAUAAUUUUAUUAUUAUUAAUAUAACGAAGAGUAAGAGCAUUCUGAUGCAGAAUAAUUUAUUUAGAAUAAUAGAAAGGGAUAUGGCUGAAGAUUUAAUAAAAAGGAAAAAAGGAAAUCAUAUGGAUGGCCUUAAAAAGGGUGGCAUAAAAAAGGGUGGCAUAAAAAAGGGUGGCAUAAAAAAGGGUGGCAUAAAAAAGGGUGACAAUAAAGAGGAUGACAUAAAAAAGGGUGACAAUAAAGAGGAUGACAUAAAAAAGGGUGACAAUAAAGAGGAUGACAUAAAAAAGGAUGACAAUAAAGAGGAUGACGUAAAAAAGGGUGAGAUUCAAAAGGGUUACAUUCAAAAGGAUUAUUUUAAUAUUGAUAGAAAAGAUACACAUAUACAACAUGGUGAGGAUAUCUCGUCAGAGAAAUCUUUUCUAUAUAAUAAAACUAAAAUUGUAAAUGAGAAUCAUAUAAAAACUGAUGAAUAUAAUAACAAUCUACCAAUAUGUUUUAAAGAAAAAAGUGCUAAUAUUUUUGUAUAUAAUAACAUAUCAACAGAAGUAUCUAGAUUGAAGAAAUAUGAUAUUACACAAAAUAAUGAUAAGAAGAAUAUUUUUCUUCUCAUAAAAAAAAGAAAAAAAAAAAAAAAAGAAAAAUUUAAUAUACACAUUCGUUAUAUAAAAAAAAAUGAUUAUGUUUAUUUAGAAAAAAAAAAAAUUAAUGUUAACAAAUUUUUAGCAUUACAUAAUAUACCAUAUAUAUAUAGAACAGCAUUACCAGUUAUAGAAAUAAGUAAUUUUAAUAACAAUCAUAUUUUAUUUUUUUAUAUUUUUACUCAUUUAAAAAGUCCUUAUUUCACCUUACGAGAAAAAACAUUUCCACAAAAAUAUAUGAACACCCAUUUUGUUUAUAACAUUAAAUUUAAGAAAACAAGGGGCUAG